CAGACGCUUUAAUUUUUCUUUAAACAGAUGCAACCGAGGAAAGCUGUUUCGAUAAAUUUCAAAUGAUAAUAAUUUCGUAUCGUGGAAACAAAUUUUAUUUCCAUUACACUUAUCUGGCAUUCCAUUGAUACGUUGGCCCCAUUACGCAAAUUUUUGUAAUGCACUGAUUGGCUAGCUAAUCGGGAUAUACUGAAGAGUUUCUGUUUCUAUCAUUUUUGAUCUAUUUCAAGCUUUCAAAAGUUCGUCUGCCAUUUUACUUGAAAAAUAAUUAUUGGAAAAUGAAUGAGGGAAUAUUUUUUAAUUGUGUUUUCGGUACUGGCAACAACAGUUACAUAAGAUAAGAGUUUAGCUACAUAUAGAUGCAUGGAUAAAUACAUAACAAUUUAAACCAGUAAUCAUUCUGGAUUUUAAAGUAUUGCUGUAUCAAAGAAAUAAACAAUGGCGAUUAUCAAACAAACAUUUACAAUCGUGGAUUACAUUGUGUUUUCACUUACAGUGCUGGCUUCAGUAGCCAUUGGAAUAUAUUUCGCUUUUACCGGACGUAAAAAGAAUACUACCCUAAAUUAUUUCCAUGGCGAUCGCAAAUUAAAAUACGGACCGGUUGCUCUAUCCCUCGUUGUUACGUUUCAGUCAUCCAUCAUGCUUUUGGGAUUUCCGGCGGAAGUUUACUUAUUCGGAUACAUGAUUUGUUUGUUUAAUAUCGGGCAAUGCGCAGCAAUUUUUCUCGCUACAAAAAUUAUUGUGCCGCUUAUGUACCCGUUAAAAAUUACCAGUGUUUAUCAUUACUUACAACUUCGCUAUGGAAAUAACAGCGUCAGGAUUUUAAGUGUGACAAUAGGUAUUAUAUCUCAGAGUAUAUACAUGGGCAUCGUACUGCUUGGACCAGCUAUAGCACUGCAGUCGGUCACCGAAAUACCCAUAUGGACAUCAAUUCUAUGUAUUGCGCUUGCUGCCAUAAUUUACACUUCAAUUGGUGGAAUUCUUGCAGUUAUAUGGACGGAUGUUUUACAAUGUUUUAUCAUAAUAAUUGGGAUUCUGUCAACCUUGAUCAAAGGAACUAUAGAUACAGGAGGUGUUAGCGUCGUCUUUCAGGAGAAUAUCAAAACUGGACGCUUGGAUAUGUUAAAUUUUAGUCCUAAUCCAACAAUACGUCAUACGUUUUGGACUGUUUUGAUUGGCUCCUUUAUUGGAUCAUUUUCUUUAACGCUAAGUCAGUCAACUAUACAAAGGUUUAACUCAACACCAACCAUUGGGGAUGCUAAGAAAGUUUUAUUCAUUGCUGGACCAGUGUUUAUAGUAAUGCAGACGUUAUCAAUGUCAGUUGGACUAGUUUGUUUCGCGUACUACACUGUAAACGCUUGUGACCCAAUUUCAUCAGGGAGAAUUCGUAAUCCUAACCAAAUAGUUCCAUAUAUGAUAGCUGAAAUUUUCCGAAACUAUCCUGGCCUAUCUGGUCUAUUCAUUUCGGCCCUGUUCAGUGCUUCGCUAAGCACAUUGUCAUCUAUUUUGGCCGGACUAUCGGCUGUUACCGUAGAGGACUUCAUCCGACCACAUUUCACACUGUCGGACAGUUUUCUAACUGUUAUCGCUAAAGUUACAGUUGUUGUCUAUGGCGGGGUAGGAAUAGCUGUUGCGUUUAUUAUAAGCCAACUUGAGGGUUCAUUGACCCAGAUUUUAUUCAGCGUAAUGGGCGCAGCGACAGGACCUUUAGUAGGGAUAUUUUUCCUGUCCAUGUUCUUUCGGAGGGCAACAGACAAAGGUGCAAUCAUUGGCGGAAUAACUGGAAUCGUGUUUACAUUCUGGAUAUGUAUUGGUUCAACAGUGUCACGUGAUAUUCCACGUCCAAGACCGUUACAACUUCCGCCAAUACUUCAUGCUCAGUCAUCAAUUCAACAAUAACUACAAAUGUUUACGUACAUAAUUCUACUCUUGAUAUAUCUACGCAUUAUUUAGAAUAUAAUGAAUCUACGACAAGACCGGAUAUGAUAUCAAACUUAACAAGAGCGAGCGGAUAUGACGUCAGUAAAGACGAUGGUGUGAAAGGAAUCGGGAAACUUUAUACUCUUUCAUAUGCUUUAUUUUCAACUAUUGGAACUCUCUUUACAAUUUUUGUGGGAAUAAUUGCGAGUCUGGUCACUUAUAAAGAAGACAGAGACAACCCCGACUCAAAAUAUUUAAUGCCACUCUGUACCAGUCUAUGCUGUUGUUUUACAAAAGUAACUCAAAGUGAAAAAACUAGCGAGAUUACUGAAAACGAAAAAGACGACAAAAAAGUUAGACAAUCGCUUCUUUGAAGCCAUAUAUAAUUGUAAAUAUGAACAGUUCGGUGAAGUAUUUUUUUCUAUCAGUGAUCCAGUUUGUUUUAGAACUCAUUAUUUCAAAAGUAGAAUUCAAAACAA